AUGGAGAAGGCCUUGAGAUCUUUUCUCUUAACAUUACUCUUGUUCCUUCACUAUGUUAUGCCUAGUUCAGCCAUGAUUCGUACCAACGUGUCUACGGAUCAAUUAACUCUUCUCUCUUUGAAAUCCCAAACUAGUUCCGACCCUUUUCAUUACUUGGAUGAAAGUUGGUCUCCAGAUAUUUAUGUUUGUCAUUGGGUAGGAGUAACUUGUAACUAUCGUUACCAGCGAGUGAAGUCCUUGAAUCUUUCCAACAUGACUCUUACAGGCACGAUUCCACGCGAUUUUGGAAACCUCACAUUUCUUAUUUCUCAUGACUUGGGAGGGAACAAUUUCCAUGGAAAUUUGCCUGAGGAAAUGGCAUGCUUGCAUCGGCUUAAGUUUCUUAAUUUAAGCUUCAACAACUUUAGAGGGGAGGCUCCUUCUUGGUUUGGGCUUUUACACCAACUUCAAGUUGUAAAGCUUAGGAAUAACAGUUUCACGGGUUCAGUCCCCACUUCAUAUUUUAAUAUUUCAAAGCUUGAAAAUUUGGAUUUGACCUUCAAUUCCUUAGUGGGUCAAAUCCCAAAGGAGAUUGCAAGUGUUGAAAACCUGAGAUAUUUAAUCUUGUAUGGAAACAAUCUCAUAGGGACUAUUCCUCCAGCAAUAUCAAAUGCCUCAAGAUUGGAGAUUCUAGAUUUAUCUGCCAAUUUACUUCAAGGGAACAUUCCAGAAGGGAUUGGCAAUCUUCACAACCUGAAAUCGUUGUCCCUAGAAGAUAAUCAACUUGCGGGUUCUAUACCAUUCACAAUAUUCAAUAUUUCUAGAAUUGAAGUCAUUAGAUUUUCAGAUAAUAGCUUAUCAGGAGAUCUUCCCAAUGGUUUAUGCAAUGAUCUCCCAACACUCAAAUGGCUUUAUCUAACCGGAAACAAGCUUCAUGGGCAUAUGCCCACAAGCUUGUCAAAUUGUUCACAACUUCAAAUAUUGUCUUUAUCAAUAAAUGAUUUUGAUGGACGAAUACAUAGUGAAAUUGGAAGAUUGAGUAACUUGCAGUUCUUGUAUCUCAGAUAUAACCAUUUCACAGGGAUAAUUCCACAAGAAAUCGGAAAUCUUGUUAAUUUGGUGGAAUUAGACAUGGGGGAAAACCAAAUUACCGGCUUUAUCCCGAUCUCCGUAUUCAAUAUCUCAUUGCUGCAAUCAUUGAUACUGUGGGGCAACAAUCUUAGUGGAUUCUUACCACGGGAGAUUGGCAACUUAACCAAGAUGCAAUUCUUAUAUCUUAACGACAAUAGGUUAACUAGUUCUAUUCCAGAAGAGAUUGGCAAUCUUCACAACCUGAAUGUGUUGUCCAUGGAACAUAAUCAGCUUACAGGUUCUAUACCAUUCACAAUUUUCAAUAUUUCUAGUAUCCAAGUCAUCGCAUUUUCAAACAAUAGCGUAUCAGGAAAGCUUCCCAAUGAUUUAUGCAAUCGUCUUCCAAUACUCCAAGAGUUUCAUCUAUCAAUGAACAAGCUUCAUGGUCAUAUGCCUAUAAGCUUGUCAAAUUGUUCACAACUUCAAAUAUUGUCUCUAUCCGUAAAUGAUUUUGAUGGACCAAUACACAGUGAAAUUGGAAGAUUGAGUAACUUGCAGAUAUUGUAUCUCGGAUCUAACCAUUUCACAGGUAUAAUUCCACAAGAAAUCGGAAAUCUUGUUAAUUUGGUGGAAUUAGCAGUGGAUGUAAACCAGAUUACCGGCUCUAUCCCAAUCUCUAUAUUCAAUAUCUCUUCAUUGCAAUUUGUUUCACUAAGGGGGAACAAUCUCAAGGGAUCCUUACCACGGGAAAUUGGCAACUUAACCAAGAUACAAGUUUUAUUUCUUAACAACAAUAGGUUUACUGGUGAAAUACCCAAAGAGAUAAGAAAUCUGGUUGAGUUGGAGGAACUUGCUCUUGGGUUUAAUAGUUUUAGUGGUUCACUUCCAAUGGAGAUCUUCAACAUAUCAGGGAUGAGAGCAAUGGCUCUUUCAUUCAAUAAUUUAUCAGGAACCAUCCCACCAAACAUAGGUUCUGUAUUACCCAACAUUGAAGAGCUUUAUAUGAGUAACUUGACCAAUCUUGUUGGGACUGUUCCUCAUUCUAUUUCCAAUUGUUCAAAACUUACUAUCCUAGAGCUUUCAGGUAACAAACUCACAGGCUUGAUUCCCAAUUCUCUUGGAUAUUUGACUCAUCUACAGAACCUAAACUUGUGGGAAAAUAAUUUAACUAGUGAUUCAUUUUUAAGCUUCCUCACCUCCUUAACCAAUUGCAGAAAUUUAAGACUUCUUGAUCUAUCAUUGAACCCUCUAAAUGGCAUGCUUCCGGUCUCCGUAGGGAACUUCUCCAAAUCUCUUGUAAAGCUUUGUGCCACUGAUAGCAAGAUUAACGGCCAGAUUCCAAAUGAAGUUGGAAACUUAAGCAGCUUAUUAGACCUUGAUCUUUCUCAUAAUAACUUAAUUGGAUCAAUUCCAACAUCAACUCACAACNAUAUAACAACUAUAUAUGAUAUCAGGAGUGAAGCAUGGGUUCACCCUGAAUACGCCACAUUUGAAUUUUUUUAG